AUGGCGCUCAAUGGUGUCAGGGCAGAUGGCCCAGAAGACUCGCGGAAGGUGUUUUUCUUGCAAGUCAACCUCUACCAAUCGAUCCUACUCUCUUGGCAUGUUACUGACAGUGCCUUCAGUGAUAUCGAUAAUUGUCUAUACCCAAAGAGCGCCAAAGUCCAUGACCUGAUGGCAGAUCUUAUUGACAAGUACUUCGUGGAACACCUGUCACUGCAGUGGGACGAUGCGGUCAGGCUUCACAAGGAGUACUACCAAAGCUAUGGCCUCGCCAUCGAGGGCUUGGUACGCCACCACCAGAUCGACCCUUUGGAGUACAAUACCAAGGUCGACGAUGCCUUACCCCUGGAGGACAUCAUCAAACCAAACCCAAGGCUCCGCAAGUUACUUGAGGACUUGGACAGGACAAAAAUAAAGCCCUGGCUCUUCACCAACGCGUAUAUCACCCACGGGCAACGCGUGGUGCGCCUCUUGGGCAUAGAGGACUUGUUCGAGGGCAUUACCUAUUGUGACUAUUCAAAAAUCCCUCUCAUCUGCAAGCCGCACAAGGAUAUGUUCGACAAAGCCAUGAAGGAAGUGGGCAUUAGCGAGAACAGCCACUGCUACUUCGUGGAUGAUUCAGCACUGAAUUGCAACGCCGCUCGAGCCCGGGGAUGGAACGUCGUCCGUCUCAACGAGGAGGGGGCAAAAUCGUCAAAUGAAAUAGAGAACCUAGAAGAACUGCGAAUGGUGUUUCCGGAAUGUUUCAGAAAGGAUUGA